AUGACUAUCCUAGGCGCUUCGUCAUCAGGGACAGCUAACAGAAGCCGUCAAACUCGUCUUCCUCCUGGAGCGACGAGGCCAGCUACUUCAGCCGCUUCUCGACAUCCACUUCCAAGCUUAGCGGCAGUGAUGAGUGCACCGGAGAGACGUAACAUGCCCCUUCUCCACCCACAAAGACUCAAUGGAGGUUUAUGGUUUGGUAUUGAUGAUUGCAUCCGGAAAGAUGUAGUGUCUACAUAUCAAUCUAACUUUUGGGGUCCUUGGUGGAAUUACGGAAUGGUGCCAGCUGAGAAGAAGGCUGCGUGGUGGACUUGUUUUGUGGUAGCAACCAAUGGCAAAGGAAGAGUCUACGGUCUUGGUUCAAUUCAGGAUAUUGAAAAUGAAGACACAGAGACUGCACCAGCUUCUCUUUUUACACAUGUGGGAUUUGAUGCACGCUUGACCACCGUGGAGGGUAUUGUAACAGGGGUUAAAGAAGAUGUAACAGUCUUGAAGGAUGGCUUUUCUGCUGUUAAACGUGGUAUUGAGUUGCUGAUGAAGAUGAAUGGAGUAGAUCCUAUUACAGGUGAACCUCUUCAACGUGAAAGUAAUGCUUCUGUCCCAAGUCCUCAAUCAAGCCAAGAACUUAACCAAAACUCUCCAUCUCCCACUCAGUAA